CGAUGUAUCUCCCUUUUGUAUGUAAUUAAAAUAAAUCCUUCAAUUUGGCGCCACGAAGGUUCCGUUGACGACGAUGGCAAGCCGCGGCGGCGAUGACGACGCGUUCAACCUGUUUGGAGGUCCCCCGGCCAAGAGAAGCAGCAUGAGUGCGGAUGCUGCAUGCGACGAUACGCAGCUAUUCCCAACACCGUCAAUCCCAAGCACAUCCACUGCCUUCACAGACCGUCCCUUUGACUUGUUUCCAUCCAAGCCAGUGCACCCGCAGCGGCAAGACCUCGACGAACUUUUUCCCACCACAUGCGACACCGCACCGUCGUCGCUUCCGCCUCGUGCCGUGACGUUGUCAAGGGGCGAGUCUGCAACUCCGUCACUCGUCCAGGACGAGUUCAAGAAAGCAGGCAAUGCGAUGGAUAUCAUCCUUGUCCGAAACGCGGAUGGCACAUCGAUCGGGUGUACGCCAUGGCACGUCGCAUUCAGCUUCUCGCGGUUCCUUCCUUCCGGUGUCGGCGAUCGAGUCGACGUGUAUUGCAAUGGUGUCCAGCUGCCUGCGCCCAUGGUGCUAGGGGACAAAGGGCGCGUGCUCUUUGCGUCAGGUCGAGAGCAGCCCGACGACUUGACCCUGGCCGCCAUAUCAUCGAUACUGCCGAUGGACUUCCCGCCACUGUAUGCGACUCUGCGCUUCGAGCAUCGCAAGCCGCUCACGUGUGUCGUUCGGGUCGUUGAGUGCCGCAUGUACCUGUGGGACCCCGAUGCCGCUGUCGUCGUCGCCGAUCUCGACGGCACCAUCACAAUCAACGACGUUGAAGGGCACAUCCGCACGCUCCGCCUUGGUCAAUACAACUUUAUCCACGCCGGCGUGUGUGAGUUCUAUGCCCGUCUCCAUCGCAUUGGGCUUCGGAUUCUGUACCUCACGGCGCGUCCGAUCAACUGGGCCGAUGCGUCCCGCGACCACUUGGACGGCGCGGAACAAAACGGUGUUCGCCUCCCGCCCGGACCGCUUCUCACAAACUCGAGGGGGCUCACAGGUGCCCUCCUCACCGAGGUGCCUCGACCGCCUCUUGUGCGCCGUUCGUUCCAUGAGCGUCCGUAGGUCGUGCACAAGACACCGCAUGUGUUCAAAGCCAACGUCCUCAACUCGGUCCAACUCGCGUGCAUCUCUGGCGGACGGCAGUCGCCGCAUCCGCUCUUUGUCGCUGGGUUCGGCAAUCGACAGACCGACGUCCAUGCGUACGCGGACGUGGGAAUCCCAGCCAUUUGCGUCAUCGACGCGUCGUCGCGAUUACAAGUUGCUGUGCCACGCCCGUCGACAGCGCCAGAAACGCUGCCUCCAUUUGACUCGUACGCCGACCCCCGUGCAAUGCGAUGGCUCCUGACGCGACUUCGGGUUCCGAUCGCCCUCGCCGACAAGGUCGACGCACAUUUGGCCGAGAUGAUUGUCGCCGCCGACGAGUACGACACGCGGCGACGCGGGAUCGUUGCACAGCAACUGGAGCAGCAACAGAGGCACCGAAACACGCACUCUUUUUGAUUGUAUUGAGCCGGCAAUAUGUCGUCAAGCCCCACGAAGGAGAAAUGUUACAGCAAAGUGGGGAGGAUGGAAUUUGGCGAGGAAAUGUUUGUGAAAGGGAGCAGCUUUCUCAAUCACUUCACUCGUUGCUCGGCCACGCGUCGGCCGACUAUAGAUACAAAAAGGAGCGUGUAGGUCUUACAACUUGGACGCACCGCUUGCCUCGUACGACACGAUGUGCGGGUAGCACGGUAGCGUCAAAAACUCGGGAAAGGUUGGGCCCGUUAAAAUGUCGGCCGUCACGUCCUUCGCCAAUGCGUACUUGUGGUCGCCCUUGGCGCGAGCAAGGUGCUUGUUUGUGCAGUCGUCGAGAAUGUUCAGCACAAGAUCCUUUGUAAUGCGCUGGCCAUUGGCGGUGGACGCAGCAUGCUUGAGCCACUGCCACACCUGCACGCGGGAAAUCUCAGCAGUCGCGGCGUCUUCCAUCUUGUUGUGAAGGGGAAUGCAUCCAUUGCCUCGUAGCCACGCCUCGACAUACACGAGGGUCACGUCGAUAUUUUCUUGUAGCCCAGUCAUCGAGAUCGAUCCUACUGGCACCUCAAUUAAGUCCUUCGCUUCAACAGUCGCGCUCGCCAAUGGAGCGGUCUUGUGGAUCUGGUUGGGUGUCGUCAUGUUGGCAUUGAAGACGUCCAUGGCGAUAUUGACAAGACCAGGAUGAGCUACCCAGGUUCCAUCGUGGCCCGCGACCACCUCUCGCAACUUGUCGUCAUACACUGCCUUCAUAAACUUUUCGUUGAGUGCGGGGUUGUUCUUCACUGGGAUUUGGGCCGCCAUGCCGCCCAUAGCGUGAGCGCCGCGUUUGUGGCAAGUCUGGAUGAGCAACUUAACGUAAGACGCCAUAAAUGGUGUCGUCAUUGACACGGCAGCACGGUCGGGCAUGACGAACGACGGGUGGUUGCGAAACUUUUUGAUGAACGAAAAUAUGUAGUCCCAACGACCGCAGUUCAACCCGCUCGAAUGUUCCUUGAGCGCAAAGAGAAUCUCUUCCAUCUGGUACCCCGCCGUGAUUGUUUCAAUCAGAACCGUCGCCCUGAUCGUUCCCACGGGGACGGCUAGGUAGUUUUGCGCGGCAAUAAACACAUCGUUCCACAGACGGGCUUCGUUGUGGUGCUCCAGUUUGGGCAAGUAGAAGUAUGGCCCUGAUCCACGUUGAACGAGCUCGUGGACGUUAUGAAAAAAGUACAGCCCAAAGUCGAACAACGACCCGGACAUGAUCUCGUCAUUCACCGUCAGGUGAGCUUCGUCCAAAUGCCAACCGCGGGGUCGCACUAGCAAAGUCGCGAUUGUCUCGUUCAAGGCAUAUGUCUUGCCCGUCGCAGCUUGUGUGAACGAAAUUGUCCGACGAACGGCGUCACGAAGAUUGACUUGGCCCUGCACCAGCGUGCGCCACGUGGGCGAUGUCGAGUCUUCAAAAUCAGCCAUGUAGCACUUGGCCCCUGAGUUCAAACCAUUGAUAACCAUCUUGCGAUCGACUGGGCCAGUGAUUUCAACGCGGCGAUCUUGCAAGUCAUGGGGUAUGCUCGCCACUUUCCACGCGCCGUCGCGAAUGUACUUGGUUUCAGGCAAAAAAGUCGGGAAAUGGCCCGCGUCCAAUGCAACUUGGCGAUCGGCGCGGUCACGCAAGAGCUGCCGCCGUCGCGCUUCAAACGAUUCGUGCAAGUGGGCGAGGAAGCGCAGGGCGUCGGGAGUGAGAAUGUCAAGGAACUCGCGAGGCAUCUCACCGAGGACGCGGACUUGAUUGAUGCGAAACGAGGACAUGUUGGUCUGCGGAGUGGCGCGCA